UUUGAGCCUUAUUCACUCAUUCUUCCGCCUGAACGAACUCGCAACAGUCAAAAGCAAAAGUCAGGAUCGAGAUAGACCCACGGCAAUGGGCAACUAAGGGUCAUAGCACCCGAAAUUCAACACGUGGUAGGUUAACAUAGCUUUGGCCCUUUCUUUCCUUCUUCAAGUCUUCCCGGGCACAGCUCUGGGUACAUUCUACCAUUCUAGCCUGACGUGCAUCCACUCAUCUUUCACAGACGAUGUCAGACGUUACCCACAAUGACCUCAAUGCAUCCAAUACAAAGAGAUCGUGUGCAGGCUUUUGUGUCCAAGUCCUUGUUUCCAUUUGAAGGGGUUUAUCGUUAUUUUCCUUACUUUCCACCGCUCAUCCUUCGAAAACGAAGCUAGUGAUGGAGCAAAUUCCAAAUGAAGUCUUCCGUAUUAUCUUUCUACUUUCCGCGUUCCAAAAUCCACGACACGACGGAACGUCCAGUUUUGACGGUCUCGCUGACUCUGAGAUUACAGAGGGUCAAACAUGGCCAGGAAUAUUUCAAUUCUCGAAAGGACCCUGGGCUAUUAGCAGAGUUUGUAGGAAAUGGAGGACGAUUUCUGUAACGUUUCCUCAGUUAUGGAGUCACUUCAGUUUGAUGACCGGCGACUUAAAUUCAAACACUGAUGGCAUUCCUGCCUUGACGACCUGGUUGUCCUUCUCUGGGACAUCCAACCUAUCCUUCUUUAUCGAACCCGAUGGGAUAUGCAACAAUCCUAACCGUUCAAGGCUAUUCGAGCUCCUCGCAGAACAUGCAGAUCGUUGGGACAAAAUCGAAUUUUACAACUCCACCCCCGCGUUUUGGUCGAUGCUUCAUACUGCUAAUGCGAGGAGCCGACUAGGUUCUCUCACAAGCAUCGCUAUCCAUUCGGAGGAAGCCAACCUCGCAGACGAUGCAUUCUUUGGUGAUCCUACCUUUUAUCAGGUUUUCCUGGACGCUCCCCAGCUCCACAUACUCAUAAAUCGCAACCACUUACCAGUCGGAGGACUGGAAUUUCCAUGGGGACAGUUGACGGAAUAUGAAGGUUCGCACCGCCUCCGUGUCGAUGAACACCUGGAUCUCCUCCGUCUUACGCCCAACAUUCAGAAGUGUCGGUUGGAGAUCGCAUAUGUGGGUAACCCGAGCCCUGACGAUCAACUUCAACCAUCGCGGACGAUACACCUCCCCAACCUCCAAACCCUCCAAAUUCGAACUACAUGGUUCAGUGAUAGCUUGCAAGAUCUGCCCGUUUUCGUCCGCCUUUUGAGAUUGCCUGCAUUACAGACUCUUCAUAUCAUAACCGAACACAUAUCACAGAUACUACCUCCUUUCAGUGCGUUCGCAGACGUGUUGCGUUCUUCCUCCUGUGAGCUUCGCAGUUUGGAGCUUUCGAGUAGGGCAGUUGCUGGGGUCGACCACCUACGGUCUGAAGAUAUUCUCGACCUCCUCAAAGCUGCACCUGCUCUUCGACAUCUUUGUAUUACAGUCGGGACUUCGGGAAGUUCUUGCGUGUUGCAAGAUACGAUUAUACCUCGUCUUGACCCCAGAGGAAGGAGUGAGGACGAUAUUUUGGUUCCUGUGUUGGAAGAGUUGGAGUUAAGGCUUCCUUCUCCUUCUGCUAUUCCUAUGAUAGAUUUGAAGGCCUUGGCUGAAACUAUCCUUUUCCGCUCGACGGCGUCGGGGUUCGAGUCCAUCCGGAAACUGCACUUUACUGUAGGUCUGGGGGACACUCAAGUGAAUAAUGAUGUGCUGUCAUCUGCUAUUCGGGGACCAAUAAUAGAGGUGCUGGAAGGAGGAGAAGAGGUGGAAAUCGAUAUUGAAACACAAAUGCACCGUGAAUAAAGGUACAAAUCAGUCAAAUUUCAAUCAGAC